AGGCCCGCCGUCGGCGUGCAGACCCUGCCCGCCCAGUGCGCCGUCCAGGGCUCGUCCUACGCGCCCGCGGUUCCCGUGCCGUCGGUGCCCGCUGAGCUGCCGGCCAAUCGGAUUCGCACCAGCCCCGCGCUGGCGACGUCGCCAGCCGUGGCCGCAGCAGCGGUGGCCCACAGGGAGCCCGAGGUCGCCGCGGCCCGCGCGCCGUGGGUGGACCAGCGGCGGCUGGCCAGGGCGCCCGAGGACGCCACGGUCGAGCGCCCGCCCGGAGCGGACGAGGCCGCGCCGGCGAGAACCGCCGCGCCCGCCGCGCCAGCGCGGGCCGUGCCCGCCGCGCCCGCCGCCGUUCUCCCAGAGGCGGCAGCCGCAGGACCCGGCGCGGCUGGAAGGGCGCAUGCCGCCCGAGAGGCCACGGGUGCUGCGUUGCCGCAACCCCUGGCAGAGCCCUGCGGCAUGGACCCCAUGUCCGUGACCGCCCCGGCCGCGGUCACCUCUGCAGACGCGGCCGCGGCGUUCUGGGCGGCGUCAAGCCUGACACGGACAGCUCAACAGCAUGCCGCGCAGGCGGUAGAUGCUGGCACCGUUCCGAGUGGUGCGAGCAGUCUCGGCGCGCUGAACAGCGCGAUCGCAUCGCUCAACCGCAGGUUGGCUGGUGGAGCUGGAGCUUCCUCGUCAGGUGCCUCGGGAGCCGCUGCGCCGCAGUCCGCAACAGCAGGCCAAGGAGCGGUUGUCGCGCCUGGCGUGGCGGGCGCCGCCAAGCCAGACGAGUGGAACGAGAUGUUGCGGUACUUGCGACUGCUCAUGGCGGUGCAGG